AUGGCAACAAAAGCUAAAAGCAUGCUGCAGAACUAUAAUCCAGAUGACAUCUACAACGCCGACGAAACAGGGCUCUUCUUAAAGAUGCUGCCGGACAAAACCAACGACUACAAAGGGCCAGACUGCAAGGAUGGAAAGAAGAGCAAGAAUCGCAUCACUUCACUCGUCUGCGCAAACAUGAGCGGAACUGACAAAAUGCCGCUCUUUGUUAUCGACAAAGCGCACAAGCCACGAUGCUUCAAGAAUGUCCGGACGCUACCACGGCCUUACACAGGUCAAAACCGUGCCUGGAUUGACCAGCAACUUUUCACUGAAUGGAUAACCAACAUUGACAAGAAAAUGCGCCGAGCCCACCGCAAGAUAGCUAUGGAAGCGGGUCGUCAUAAAACAGAUAAAGGCCAUCAAAGACAAGAAAAAGCUGGCAACACACUCCUCGACGCCCUGAACACCCUGCAGCAAUCGUGGGAAUGUGUCACUGCGACCACUAUAAGAAACUGCUUGCAACACGCAAAGUUCGAGGUUCCCAACAUAACCACACUGAACAAAUUAGAAGAAUACGACGAGCUUGACGACAUCCCUCCAUUACGCCUGGCAUCACUCGGCGUAUCAGCAUCCUACCUCAGCAAAUUCCUCGGAUUUGUAGACCCCACUCCAACAGCCGAGUCCUUAACCGACGAAGACAUCCUGAGCGAAGAACGCGACAAAUCAUCAGACGAAGAAGAUGACCUAGACGACCAAGGCUAA